GCGAUGAAACCGAAUGAAGGGAAGAAGUAAGCACAGAUAUGGCACGUGCGACACGCGUCGCUUUGAGUCUGUUAAUAUGUUUGUUGAUCCCGAUCGCGACUUUGGUAUGACUCCGUCAUGUCCACACUCACCAGUCUUGCAGAACUUGAACCCAUUCUUAACCAGCUACACAUCCCUUCCGACCUUCGUGACCCAGAGAACGGCUCUCAAGAAGAUGCUGCUCGGUUGGAGCACUGGAAGCGCGAUGCACACACAACUUUAUUGCAGCUUCAGUUGAAGCUGCGUGACUCUGACACCAAAACUGAUGAUGUAGAAAGAUUAGCAGCUGUUGCUUACGCUGUGGCUGCAUUCUACGGGGAAGGCUUAUGGAGCUCUGAGACUGACAGGAAGUUAGCUAAAGGUAUACUAGAACAUAUUGCGCCAAGUGUGCCAUUACUCGAACGCGUAUUAAGUUUCUAUGUCAAACCGGUAUUUCAAGCCAACCCUCACCCCAUGCUCAAUCCAAGUUCUGCGCGAAAGCUACCUCGGACAUUAGGCGGUCCUUUAGCUCAACAAGACUACUAUGAAGGCCAGGUAUGGAAAUCGCACCCGGGCAUUGUGAAUGUCAUCCUAUGGUGUGUUUCACACAUGGAGGGUUCAACAUAUGAGAGACUGUGGCAUUUGCUGAUUCCGCCAAUGAUGAUCUUGCUUGACGAUUACCAGAUCCAAUACAAAUUGCAAGGACUUAGUAUUGUAUCACAACUUUUGAAGAAUGUGCCAUCUGACUUACUCAAACGGACUGGAAUUGAUGCGCUGUUGCUGACGAGUAUGAAGACAUGCAUGACCUUCUUGCAUAACCCAUCGACUGCUGAUCUCAUCCGAGAGGUCGCGCUAACUUGGGUGUCGCUGGCGCGGUUGACAACACCCGAAGGCUCUGGUGCACGAUUUGAUCAGUUGUGCACUUUGCUUGGUGACUGCAUAAUAGGCAGCAUCUGGACCUAUGCGUCGCGAGACGUGGAUACUGUCGAAGCUACAAUCGACGUUUUACCUGUGAUUAUUAAGGCCUUGGGGAUUGCCACAGCAAGAUACCUGAAGGCGAUCAUCCCACAGUUAGUCUUCCCACUCACAGCAAGGCUCGAGAAUUCGUCAUCGCCGCAACUUCAAAUUACAUCACUGCGUGCCUUGCAAGUGACGAUCCAAGAAUGCGCUCCGCGAAUGCACAAGUGGAAGAGCACCGUUAUGAGUGCCGUUGCACAAAGAUGGGUAAUCCUUCAAGAUACUGGAGAGGACAAUGAAGACGUGCGGUUGCUUCAGAAGGAGCUGAGAGAAGUGACGCAAUGUUUACUCCAGGCGUGCCCAUCCUCGGCGGAGGAAGAACUUCGGGUACUGUUGGAUACCGACGCGCGGAUGUUUGAGUCCCUAACACAAGUCGAUGACAAUAACGCCUUGACUUGACUCAUGAGGAACAAAUGAAUUGAAUGCUCGUGC